AUGCCGUCUUUCUCUCCCAGACGUGUGGCCACAUCCGUCUUUGCCGUGGCUUUUUACGUCUGCUUGUCCAUUCUCCAUCGCACACUGGCUACAUACGGGCGUCUCGAGUCGCGUCUCUUCCAGCUCUGCGCACGACUCCUGGCAGUCAAGCCGUGUGGUGUGUACAACCCCCACGAGUGUGCAAUCGUAGUCAUCGGUGCAGACGAAGGUAUGCUGCACAAGUCUCUCAUGCUCCUCGUUAGCGUCUCGAUCAAUUACGGCUUCGCCCUGGCAGACAUCGGCAAACAUGUCUCGUUCAGAUUCUCGGAACUCGGUUACACCGUCUUCACCCUCUGCCGGCAGGACAGGCAUGGUCUUCAUUCUGACGGAAGUACAAGCGUCUCUUCGCUCAUGUACGAAUGGCACAAGGUCCGAAAGAAAUCAGGAAACACUGCGUGGGGUCUUAUUGCUCCCAUCUCCUUGGAUCUAGGGGACACAUCACAACAUGCGCAUGUGUUCGAGACCAUUCAUGCGUACUGUGGCACGCAUUCGCUGCGACUUGUCAAUGUCAUAAUGCUCCUCCCACAGACGCAGUUCGUGCAAGACAGCUUCGCUUCGUACGUAGCCCACCAUGCCAAUGUUAGUUCACAGCGGCGAGAUUGGAAUGUGAUCGACACGGAUACGAUGAAAUCGUGGGACGAUAGCUUCAAAUGGGCGGUCACUGAACCUGUCCUCGUCGUUCAGAACUGUCUCGACUCCCUUGUCGCGUCUUCUGGGCGAGUUGUCAUGAUAUCGGAGUGUAGAGACAAUGUCUUCCUACCUUCAGGAAGUCUGUCUCCUCUGCAUGGAACACAUCAAUCAUUGUCUCGAUACUUGAGCCGCGAACUGGCGCCUUUAGGUGUUCAUGUCUCGAUAGUUCAUGCUGGUGAAUCCGCGGCGCUGCCUAGCGGGAGUAAAGUUUCAUCAAAUAACGAAUCGGGGAUCCAGGCCACAAUUCGGAUGAUUCAGCAAAUUCUCCUAUUCAGCUCUCCGUUAGAUACCCUACGACACUUCGCUGUACAACCGCAAGAGAUCAUCGAUCUGGUGCAAUACAUUGCGACCACACCAUAUCCGAAACGCCGAUAUACCAUCGGCAUCGUGCCGCUUAUUUCUGCUGUUCUGGAGGCUACUCCGCAAAUUCUGUGGUUGUUAGGGGAUGCGCUGAUGGGUCGUAUGUCAUGA